UUUGACCCUUUCCUUGCUUUCGCUUCUUCUCUCGCCCCCCCUUUCCGCUCUCACAUCUACUCUUCUGCACAAUCAAUUUCCCCCUCAGUCCGCACCCAAACCCCUGGACCGCCCCACGGGCUCCGCCGUCGCCUCGCCGCGAGCGAUCGCAUUGGCGGCGCCCGCGACUCCAGGGUCGAUGGCGGAGGGCUCUUCCAGGGGUUACCCAUCCGGCUCCGGGGACGGGUGGAGAUUGGUGCUCCACGACCCCGACGUCGUCGAGGUGUCGGCGGAGACUGCCGUUGAAUGGAGCUCUUCCCGUUCCCGUCGCAAGAAGCUGAAGCUGCCCCAGGUUAUUCCUUCUGACAUAAUUGAACUUGAUGAUGAUGAUCCUGAUGGAGUUAUGAUAAUUGGUGAGAAGAUAUCAAAUCAGAAGAAUGAGCAAGAAGUUGUUCAUAUGGAUUGGCCAGAGCAUACAACGGAACUACAGAGCGGUAUGUCUACAAAUUUGGCUGGCCCAAGUGUUAUUCCUGUCAUAGAUGCGUUCCCAUGGCAGGGAGGUCAUCACAACAAUGUUGCUGGUCCAAGUGUUAUUCCUGCCACAAAUUUUUAUCCUUGGGAUGGCCUAGGAGCGUAUCAUGGAGGUGCACUGUUACCCCCAAUUUAUUCACCCCCAAUUUAUUCUAAUGAGUUUGUUGGGGCACCUGGAGAGGACCACAGUAAUAAAUACUAUAAUUAUAGCACUUCACUGAUGGAAAGUGGUAGCAGCUUUAACUCUGGUGCGAAUAAUUACAUGGAUCUUCCACUUCCACCUGGUGCGGGAGCAGUUUUACCAUGGGGGUACAUGCCUUCAACUGAGAUGCCACAUCAGCCCAGUCAAACUAAGGUUGUCAAUACUGAAAUUGAUGAAAAGUAUAAGACAUUUAAACAGUUUGAUACUGUUAGUGACUACAGUGACAAUUUCUACGCAUUGACAGGCCAAAGGAAUGUUCAUGCUGUUAAGAAGCCAUCAAAGGCCUGGGUGAAGCGGAUUCAACAUGAGUGGAAAGUCUUAGAGAAGGAUUUGCCAGAGACAAUAUAUGUACGAGUUUAUGAGGAUAGAAUGGACUUGCUUAGAGCUGUCAUCGUUGGACCAGCAGGCACUCCAUAUCAUGAUGGGCUUUUCUUCUUUGAUGUCUAUUUCCCUUCUCGAUAUCCAAGUAAACCUCCGCUAGUGAAUUACCGAUCUGGGGGAUUGCGGCUUAACCCAAAUCUCUAUGAGUGUGGUAAAGUCUGCCUUAGCCUCUUAAACACCUGGUCUGGUACUGGAUGCGAGAUGUGGAACCCAUCUAAUUCAACCAUGUUGCAAGUCCUGGUCUCUAUUCAGGCCUUAGUGUUGAAUUCCAAACCUUAUUUCAAUGAACCUGGGUAUGCAAUGCAUGCUAACACUUCUCAAGGCGAGAAGCAAUCAAUGGCGUACAAUGAAGAAACGUUUCUGCUGUCCUGCAGAACAAUGCAGUACUCUCUUCGGAAUCCACCAAAGCAUUUUGAGGACUUCAUUAUUGGCCAUUUCCGCAAUUAUGGGCGCAAAAUCCUGAAAGGAUGCAAGUCAUACAUGGCUGGUGCCCAAGUUGGUUGCCUUGUCGGAGACGGCGUGCAGGAUGUUGACGAGGGUGACAAAAGUUGCUCCAACAACUUCAAGGCCUCACUUAAGCCAUUAUUCGAGGACCUACUGAAGGAAUUCACCAAUAUAGGAGUCAACUGUGAUGAAUUCCGGAAUCCUGGAGGUACUAACAUUGAAGCAGACACCAUACUGAAGUUAUACCACAGCGCACUCGACUCGACACAACCAGAAGACCCUCAGAAAUUGUUAAGUUCGGGUGAUAGCAGCAUCCGUGAUCCCUCAGUAAACCUGCUGCCUCUACUUGCCGGAAUGGCGCGGCCUCAGAGGCACGAUGACUCCGCUCACCACUUCCUUCUCCUCCUCGGCCUCCUCCUGCUGCUUCCCUCCGCCAACGCCGCGUCGUUCUCCACGCUCUGCGGAUCCACUCCCCCGCGCGACCUGCAGCACUCCCACGGCGCACACCGCGCUAUCCCUUCUUCCAUCACCGCCGGCCACUUCUCCGGCGGCCGCGAUCUCCACUUCGCCCGCGACCGUCCCUACACCCGCGCUCUGUCCUUCCACCCGCGCGGCAGCUCGGCCAGGGCCACCUCCGACCCCGCCGUUAAACAUCUCUCUGCCACGCUCACCCUCGAGGGCACCCGCGCCCGCUUCGGCCGGCGCGACCGCGACAGUGGCCGCCCCCACUCCGUGUCUUUCGACCUCGACGGCUACUACUACAACUACACCACCGCCGCUUCCACCGCGGAGGCGGAGCUCUGCAUGGUCGGCUCCGGCUCUUACGCCAGGGAAGAUGGCUUCGGUGUCGUCCUCCUCCCUGACGUCGUGCUCCGCCUCCACCUGCCCCAGCCGUCCAACCUCUCCCGGCCCUUCGUCACCGGCAGCGUCGAGGGCGCCGGCUUCGAUCCCAUCGCCCUCCUCGCCUAUGCCGAGGAUGCCUACGCGUACGGAAAGGCCGGCUCCUGCCCGCCGCCGCCCGUCCCAGUGCGUGCCGGUGCCGCGCGACCGGCGCUCCGCUCGGGGCACUACUCGUGCCACCACCUCAGGGCGCUGCUCCGAAGCUCCUACAGCCUGGAGUACAGGCCCAAUGAGCACGACCACGACGGUGGUGCUAGCAGCAGCAGCUUCCCGCUGCGGCUGCGGCACGGGAUUAUGUACGUGAACCAGAUGCGCUGUGGCUUCGACGGCGCCGUGCGCGCGUACAUGGUGUUCUACGCCAAUCAGUCGGUAGCCUCGCCAUCCAGCAACUACACGGCAGUGGGGAGGCGUACCUUCGUGAUCGGAGACGAGGCGCUCGUCGCCGACGGGUUCUGGGAUCCGUCGCGGAGCCAGCUCUGCCUGCGGGCGUGCCGGGUGGCGAGUUCCGGCAGCAAGUCCCCCGCGGACCUACAAGUCCGCGAGUGCGGGAUCGGGGUCAGAUUCUGGCUCCCGGCCGUGUGGUCCAUCCGGGACCGGAGCAUCGCGGCUGGGAUGAUCUGGAACGCGACCGGGAACAGCGACGCCGGCAACACGGCAGGCGUGAUCUCGGUGUCAACAACCGGGAGCUACAUGGGGAGCCUCUCCGGCGUCAGCUACAACUACACCCGGGUGGAGGAGGCCAAGAAGCACUACGACUCCAUCCCGGCGUUGAGCAAGGAGCGCAAGGGCAGGUUCCCGGGUAACUACUCGUAUCGGGACUUCACGUUCCCGUUCUUGCUGGUGAAACAGGGACUGCCCGGGUAUGCCUGGCCGGUCACCAUUGGAUCCGCCAUGGUUGAAGGGGACGAGAUGAUGGCUGACACGGCCUUCUCUCAGCAUGUAGCAGCAGAGGCGAACAAGCAGAGGCUGCUGAAUGUCAGCUACAGUUUGGAAUACCAGGUUGCCUCGGGGAAUUUAUCUGCGAAUGUCUCGCCGCUGAAGAUGUCCCCUCAGUUGCAACGCGUCUCCGCGGAGGGUGUCUAUGACAUCACGACAGGCUCCCUGUGCCUGGUGGCCUGCCGCCAAGUGACCAACGGUUCGUCCGACUGCGACGUCCUGGUGACCUUCCAGUUCGCGCCGGUGAGCCCCGUGGAGGGAGAGCGUGGCGUUGGGACGAUCAAGAGCCUGAGAAAGCAGAGUGAUCCUCUGUUCUUCGAAGCAAUGGACUUCGUCUCGUACGGGAUGACCGUGCGGCAAAUAGAGGAGUCCAGCUCCAGGAUGGACAUGGAGAGCAUCAUGCUGGUGGUCUCCAUGACGCUGUCCUGCGUCUUCACCGCCCUGCAGCUGCGUCAUGCGAACAAGCAACCCGAGGCACUCCCGGCCAUGUCGGUCACCAUGCUCGUCGUCCUGGCCCUUGGCUACGUGACCCCCCUCGUGCUCGACCUCGAGGACAUGUACACGGACACCCGGAGGCGGCGGUACAUCCUCCAGCUGACGAGCGCCGGGUCGCUGGAUCUGAACGAGUUCAUGCUCAGGGCCAGCACCAUGCUGGCCCUGGUUCUGCAGCUGCGCCUCCUCCAGCUUGCCCUGUCGUCGCGGAGGUCCACGGAUCAAGUCGGGAGCAAGCAGGAGGUCUCGUCGUCGUCGUCGUCCGACGCCGAGAGGAGCACGCUCUGGAUAUGUCUGCCGCUGUACGUCCUCGGUGCGGUCGUGGUCUGGAUCGUGCACAUGAGCGAUGGUCACCACCACGGCCCACGAGCGAGUUCGUUCUCUGCUUUUUCUACCCCGUCGGGACCGGCGUUGGUGGACGACCUCGCGGCCUACGCGGGGCUGAUCCUGGACGGGUUCCUGCUGCCCCAGGUCGUCUCCAACGCGCUCUCGGGCUCCAGGGUGACGGCCCUCUCGCCGUGGUUCUACGCCGGCGGCACCGUGAUCCGCGCGGCGCCGCACGUCUACGACGUGUUCAGGAAGCACAACUACGUGCUGCCGGGCUGGAACUGGAAGCCGACGGCGUACGUGUACGCGAGCCCUCGCGACGACCUCUUCGGCGUCGCGUGGGACGUCGCCAUACCAUGCGGGGCUACGUUGCUCGCCGCGCUUCUGUUCCUGCAGCAGCGGCUUGGGGGCGCGUUCUUGUGCUGUUCGAAGAGCAGACGGUCGGGCUCGGGCGAGUACGAGAUGGUCUCCACGACCACGAUUAGCUCCUAGUAACCGUGAGUCUUAAGAAGGCAAAUUGUGCAACUGUCGUGCCAUUUGUUUUUUUUUUUUGGAAGCAGUUAUUAGUCUGCGAUUACCCAUACUAGUAUGAUGGUACAAGUACAGCAUACUGGAUCGUGACGGGAGUUGUUCAAGUUGAUAGAUAGUACUAUCUCCAUCUAAAAAGAAUGCAACUACUGCCAUAAAAAGUGGUUCAUAUUUGAUAAA